AUGGAAGACGUAGAUGAAGAGAUAGAGAGAAGAAUCAAUGACGAGAAAGUGAAGAGAGGCAUAGCCAUUAUGAGAUGCAAGUCUAAACUCCUCAUUCGCAACAUUAACCAAGAAAGAACCAAAACUGUAAAAGAGAAUCUGGAAGCUUUAAAGAUAAGACUCGAAGAAACUGAAGACGAACUCAAGUACUUUACCACUACUCAUGCGGAAUUGGUUGGAGAAGUUGUGCAACCUCUAGGCAAAGAAAGAUUUUUGAUCUCAGUUCUUGUGAAAGUAAACGAAGGCUUUCGUUACAUAGUGAAUCGCUCAAGCUUAGUGGCUCAGUCAAAGCUAGUUUCUGGAACCAGAGUUAGUCUUCAGAGAAGAACGUUUACUAUAAUGAGAAUCCUCCCUCCUGAGGUUAAUCCAUUGGUUCAGAAGAUGGUGUAUCAACAUGAUGGUGGUGAUGUUAGUUACUCAGAUCUUGGUGGGUUAACUCAUCAACUCAAAGAUGUAAGAGACUGGAUUGAACGUCCUCUCAUAGAUCCUGACAUUUUUGAACGAGUUGGUGUAAAGCCUCCCAAGGGAGUUCUUCUCUAUGGACCUCCUGGUACCGGAAAGACAUUGUUAGCCAAAGCAAUCGCUAGCAAUAUCGAUUCAACUUUCUUGAUGGUUGUUUCUAGUUCGCUUGUUAGCAAAUACGUGGGAGAGAGUUCAUUGAUGGUGAGAGAGAUGUUUAAGUAUGCUCGUGAACAUCAAGUAAGUUCUCUUGAUGUCUACUUGUUGGUGUGA